AAUAAAUAAUAAAUAACAAAUAAAUAAUAAAUAAAAAAAUAUAUUUAAAAAUAAAAAAUAUAAAUAAAAUUUUAUUUUAAUAAACUUAAAAAGAAAUGGCAUCAUUCGGUACAGUUUUAAAAGUUAUAGGCGGUGGUGUUGCAGGUGCAUUUUUUUAUCAUUUUUUUACACACGACAAUAAUAAUGAUCAACAAAUAAAUAAUGGUGAAAAUAUUAGUAAUAUAAAUUUAAGAAAUAGUAGAAAUAGAAUUACAACAAGCAGUAGCGGAUCACAAUCACAAUUGGAUUACGGAACACAUAAUUUAAUAGAUUUACUUCAAAAUACAUUAAUUGAAUAUAUACUGUGCGAUGAAACUAGCCAUGUUAUUACAAUUGACAGCCAAGCAACAUUAGAUUACGCUCUAAUGAGAAUGAACGAAAGUAAUGUAACCUCAUUACCAAUCGUUGACCUUCAACAUAAAAAAUAUAUUGGGAUGUUAUCAAUUAUAGAUAUUUGCUCGUUUUUAGGCCAAUUUACAAAUAGUGAUUCACCAAAUACACCAGUCGGUGAUGUUUUAAAAUAUAAUAGAGAACCAUUUUUACCAUUAUAUGUUAAUUCACCAAUUCAAUUGUUAAUUCAUAUUAUGACACAUGUACCACAAGUUCCUAUUUAUGCAUCAUCAUCAGAAACUAUUGUAGUAGACAUUGUAUCAAGAUUAAAUGUAAUCAAAUUUAUUCAUGAAAAUAUUGAAGAUUUGGGAUUAAAAUCAAAUGCAUCCAUCAAAAGUUUAGGAUUGUUAUCAAAACAAAUUUGUUCGAUUGAUUCCGAUUCACGUGUUAUAGAUGCCAUCAAUUUAUUAAAUAGUGAACAAGUUACAGAAAUCGCAGUAAUCAAUAAAGAAGGAAAACUUAUUGGAACAUUUAGUGCAUCAGAUCUUAGAAAACUUUCAAUUUAUACUUUUAAUCAAUGUUAUGAACCAAUUAACAAAUUUGUAAAAUUAGAUCAAGACCAAUUAAUUGUUGUAUCACCAUCCUCAUCACUAUCUCAAACUAUCAAAAAAUUUGUUGAAAAUAAUGCUCAAAUUUGUUGGAUUGUAGAUAACCAAAUGAAACCAAUCUCCUCAAUAACCCAAUUAAGCCUUAUGAAAUACUUUUUAAAUUUAUCAACAUCAUUUAUUGAAUAAAUAUUUAAAAAAGGUAAUAAUAAUAAUAAUUAUAAUAAUAAUAAUAACAACAAAAACUAUUAUUUAUAAUAAUAAUAAAAAAUAAUAAAAAAUAAUAAAAAAAAUAAAAAUUUAAUUUUUUAACAAAAAAUAAAAAUAAAAUCCAUCAUAUUUGUAUUUUAAACAC